AUGGACAUGGUGAAAGCGGCGUAUCGUGGACAAGAGUAUGACAUGCAUUUCCCAGGGGCUGAAGAAGAGGUACCCGGCUUCGUCCCCACGUGUUUCGAAGAAUCGGAGAAAGACAAAUAUCGCGGAAUGGCUGACCAUCUCAACAGCGAUAUGACCGAAAGAAAUGCCCAGGUUGGAAUGAUGGGCAGGAUAUACCAAUCGGCGGACCUUGUUCUUGUUUGGCUUGGUGACUGCUCGUCAAAGCUAGCUCAGGGCCUUCCUGAGCUAGAAGCAUUAGCGCAGAGGCCUCCAAGGGAACUACCCCCAUUCGAGUUAUUGAUUGACGACGAGAGCACAUCUACUACUGCAGCAUCCUCUGCCUUCUUUAAGAAUGACCGGUUUUGCAUAUCAGCGGCAGCUAUGACUGUACUCGAUCUAACUAAUCGGCAAUGGUUCAAGCGCAUCUGGGUACUGCAAGAAUUCUGCUUGGCAAAACACGUUGUCUUUCUUUACGGCAAGCACUAUGUUAGCCUCCAGGCUUUAUUGACCUCGUUUAUCUGGGCUUAUCAAAACCCUGGGGAGGCAAUGAAGCCGGAGAAAGGGUGGAAUAUUGCCAAGACAUACAUUUUGCCGCGAUGGUUUUCUCACACUGGUGACAUCCCCAACGUCCUGCUGGCUCGUAAAGCCAUUGCCCAGGGCCACAAGUUAACCCUCCGCGAAUGGCUUCUAACCUGCAAGGGUCGCAGUGCUACGGAUCCAAAGGAUUUCGUAUUUGGCGGCCUGUCUCUGAUUUAUCCCGAGUCGUUAAGAAUAGAUAAGCAGCGUCUCCAGCCAGGUGACUAUGCUAAUUCUACUCAUCCCCCGCCAUUGCCGCCCCGGCCUGGCACUCGUGCUCCCAAUAGCAACCAACCCACCAUGGAGCGCCCAACAGCCAUGGUGGGAGUUUCAGUAUCAUCGGUGCCCCUUCCCAAGGGACUAUGGUGUGUCAUCGAGAUUGAUUAUAAGGCCAGCGAAGCCGAGAUCUUGGUCAACGUCGCAGCAUGCCUACUUUCCCAGAAUGAACCACACAGUCUUGACCUGCUCUCCAUUGCGGCCCGUCCGCGUGACGCCGACGACCUUCUCAAAGCGCCGCUCAAAUGCAAGUCUAGUAAAACAUAUGAUCUCCCCUCUUGGGUCCCAGCCUUGGGUUCUUGGACAUCUCUGGUAAACAGCAACCUAGCCGCGGCAGCGGUGGCGGCAGGUGGCGGCGGCACAGCCUUUGCAGCCGGGACAUUAGGGCAACUGCAGGAAGCGGUCCCUUCGCCUACGAUUUCACGCGAUGGGACGACAUUAUACCUUGACGCUAUGCCACUCGACAAAAUUGAUGAAAUAAUCCUAAACGCGAAGUUUUCGUAUUCGAAAGAGCACCUCGACGCCCUAAUACCCUUUCUCGAAUUGUUGGCCGCGCUGCCCUACACCUACCCCUCUGAUGUCGGCACGAGCUUUAAUGCGAUUGCUACCGCUCUUGCUUCCUCCCUUUCUUCUUUCUCCUCCCGUGACACUGAACUAGACUCUAUGAUGGAUGGAGAUGUGAAUAGAUCCUCGUCAUCACUGCCACCCCAGCUGCUUCCGCGCGUCUGGCUUUGCGAGAUCAUCGAGCGCGAGGUGCGCCUUUGGGUUACAGUUUUGCGAAUAGACAUCAAAGCCUUCACCGUGCUUAAGAAAAUAAGGGCGAAUAAGCGAAGGCGACUGGAAAGCCUUCUAGCCGUCUACCGGCAGCUGAUUGGAAAGUUUGACGACCUUCCAUGGUCAGGAACAGCAGACCAAGGCAUACCACCGCCUGACGAGAGUCAUGGUGAUGAGCAGAAAAAAAGACGAAGCGAGGAAAUUAUCGAGAGCCUUUGUAGCAAGAUAGAGGAAAGAAUACCCGGGCAGUCUAGACGUUUCUUAGAGGCUGAGAUGGAGCCUAUUUCACCAGAGGCGCAGCGGUACGAGAAUGCGUUCUAUUCCGCUAUGAACUGGCGCUCCUUGUUUAGAACGAAGGAUGGUCUCAUUGGGAUGGGGCCUAGUUGGUUGAGUUGUGGUGAUUGGGUGAUGCCGGUACGGGGUGCCAUUGUACCCUACGUAUUCCGACACAUCGAUGAGGAUUUGAAGCAGCAAGUGAAAAGCCUGGGGAAUACGGUGGAGAAGUUGGAAAAACAUCUCUUUGAAUUGAAGUCUACUGCCAAGAGGAAUCAACAGCGAUUAUCUAUUGCGGAUACUGAGAGGAAGAUUGCAUCGUUGAAACAGAAAAUCGGCGAGCUUUGCGGUCAAGUUGGCAGAAAAAAUGCAUGGGUAUUGAUCGGGGAGGCGUAUGUUGAGGGUGUUAUGCGAGGAGAGGCUUUGGAAAGAGCAGGGUUUGAUGCAUUUGAGCGGAUUGCCAUUGUAUGA